CAGAUAAAUGCCGGUCUGAAAAAAUGAAUUCGUCAUGCUGAAUUCAGAUUUCGAUCGCGCUGGUUUUUUUCUGUCAAAGUGAGGAUUGUUUACAUUUUGGAUGCGUUGUUUUGCCUCGCAAUUUUCCUCCAAUUUUUUCUCCAGUUUAGUUCAUGCGAUAUAUAAGUUUAGUAAAAUGAAUAUUGAAGACGAUGUUUUGAUUAUGCUAGGAGCGUUAUUUGCUACACAAAGCGAAAGAAAGCCGCGAUCCAAAUGGGUAAAAACCAUGUAUUUAAAAAGAAGUACCCUAUCGCAUAUCAACAUGAUGGAAGAGCUGAGGCUGGAGCCGACGGAUUGACUAAAUUACGCCAGAAUGGAUGAGGAAUCGUAUAUGUGGCUUUUGGAGAAGGUCACACCGCUGAUCGUGAAGGAAGACACGAUUAUGAGACCAGCUGUGUCACCACAUGAGCGGCUCAGUGCUACACUGAGAUUUAUCAUCAGCGGCAGCUCCUACCAGUGCCUCCGUUUUCAGACAGCAAUUUCGCAGCCGCUGCUAUCGUCCAUCAUACCCGAAACAUGUUCCGCUAUCAUAACAGCGUUGAAAGAUUAUAUGCAGCUUCCUCGCAACCAAACGGAGUGGUUGAACGUAUCAAAGGAUUUUAACAACAAAUGGCAAUUUCCUAAUUGCCUUGGCGCUGCGGACGGCAAACACGUUCGAAUAAUACCUCCAUCGGGAAGCGGGUCGCAGUAUUUCAAUUAUAAAAAAUACCACAGCGUUGUGUUGUUGGCUGUAGCAGACGCUAACUACAGCUUCAUAAUGUGCGACGUAGGAGCAUCGGGAAGCAACUCGGAUGGGGGUUGUAUUCAAAACACAAAAUUUUAUCAACGGUUACUUACACAACAAUUGAAUUUACCGCAACCAACAAAUCCACCAAAUAGUGAGCUAAUCCUGCCGUACACGUUUAUUGGUGAUGAGGCAUUUAGCUUGAGGGUGAACUUUCUUAAGCCUUUCAACCGAAGGCAUUUGAAUUAUGAAAGAAGGGUUUUUAAUUAUCGGCUCUCUCGAGCACGUAGAGUGGUGGAGAAUGCUUUCGGUAUCAUGGCCUCACGUUUCCAAUUGUUUCACACGCCCAUUCAAUUGAAAAAGAUAGAAAACACCAAUAAGAUAAUAUUAACGUAUUGUUACUUACAUAAUUUUCUAAGGAUAAGGUGCGUCAGCUAUAUUGGAACAGCAGAUAGUGAUAUCACGUAUGAGAACCAUUUCAGUAACCUCCAGGUUCAAGGUAUAACAAACCAGCAUUCGGAAGCAAAAGCAGUGAGAGAAAAAUUUGUACAAUACUUGAAUAACGAGGGACGAGUGGAGUGGCAAGAUGAUGCCGUACAGAGCGCAUUUUACGGUUAAUUUUUGUUCUACAUCAACCAAUAAAAGUU